AUGUAUGAUGACCGUCAACUCUUUAACCUCACUAAUCGUCAAACACGUCAGAGGUAUGUCACCAAGGAUGGGAAGUGUAGGGUGAACCUAGGACGCAUUGAUGAAAAGAAGAGGUUUUUAUCAGAUAUUUUUACUACCAUUGUGGAUCUAAAAUAUCGCUGGUUCAUUUUUGUAUUCAUGUUAUGUUACAUUGUCACCUGGGUUGCAUUUGGAUUUAUUUAUUUUGUGGACGCCUUGCUUAGAGAUGACGUGAAUCACAUCGGGGAUCCUGAGUGGAAACCUUGUAUUGAUAAUGUUGACUCCUUCCUUUCUGCCUUACUUUUCUCUGUUGAAAGUCAAAGAACGAUUGGCUAUGGCACUAGAAUGGUAACUGCCUAUUGCCCGGAGGGUGUAAUAUUAAUCAUGGCUCAGUCAAUCCUAGGGUCCAUGAUUGAUGCACUUAUGGUGGGCUGUAUGUUUGUAAAGAUUUCUCGGCCUAAGAAGAGAGCCGAGACUUUGAUCUUUAGUAAGAAAUGUGUGGUGUCGCACAGAGAUGAAAAGUUAUGCUUGAUGUUCAGAAUUGGAGAUCUACGGGAUAGUCACAUGGUGGAUGCCAAGAUAAGAGCUAAACUUAUCAAAUCCAGACAGACAAAGGAAGGUGAAUUUAUUCCACUGGAACAAUCGGAGAUCAACCUGGGUUAUGAUACUGGAGAGGAUCGUCUGUUUUUGGUGGAACCUCAGAUCAUCUGUCACAUCAUAAAUGAUCACAGCCCUUUCUGGGAAAUGUCUGCAGAGUCUCUGAAACGAGAGCAGUUUGAAAUUAUUGUCAUAUUAGAGGGCAUUGUAGAAGCCACAGGAAUGACAUGUCAAGCCAAGACUUCCUAUACCGAAGAUGAAAUAUUGUGGGGUCACCGGUUUGAGCCUUGCAUGACUCUGGAGAAAGGAGCAUUCCGCGUUGACUACUCUCAUUUUGACAAGACAUUUGAUGUCCAGACACCCUGGGGAAGUGCAAAAGAGAUGCAAGAUCUCAAAGAGAGUGAGCAGAAUGACAGAUCAACUCUCAGCCUCUUUUGGGACAAUAAUAUGUUUCAGACAGUUCUUGAGGACCCAAAUGCAGAAAUGGAGAGCGCAUCUCAGGAUACCCAAGAUGGACCCAGGGUGGACUUUCCCUGCUUUCCUGAAAACACUCGAGAUGUUGAAAGCAAUGACCUUGAUGUCUGA